CUGGGGACUUCAAGAUCCCACGGUCAGCACUGGACAUCAAUAGAUCAUCCAGACAGAAAAUCAAUAAAGAAACGUUGGAUGCUCUCUUCCGGUUCUAGGUGCUUCAGGAGCCAUGGCUUAGGUGCAGAUAUGGCCAAGUCCAAGAACCACACUACACACAAUCAGACCCGAAAAUGGCACAGAAAUGGUAUCAAGAAACCCCGAUCACAAAGAUAUGAAUCUCUUAAGGGGGUGGGCCCCAAGUUCCUAAGGACCAUGUGCUUUGCCAAGAAGCACAACAAGGAGGGCCUAAAGAAGAUGCAGGCCAGCAAUGCCAAGGCCAUGAGUGCACGUGCCGAGGCCAUCAAGGCCCUCAUAAAGUCCAAGGAGGUUAAGUCCAAGUUCCCAAAGGGUAUCAGCCCCAAGCUCAAUCGACUUGCCUACAUUGCCCACUCCAAGCUCGGGAAGCAUGCUCGUGCCUGCAUUGCCAAGCAGCUCAGGCUCUGCUGGCCAAAGGCCAAGGCCAAGACCAAGGAUCAAACAAAGGCCCAGGCUGCAGCUCCAGCUUCAGUUCCAGCUCAGGCUCCCAAAGGUACACAGGCUCCUACAAAAGCUUCAGGGUAGAUAUCUCUGUCUGCCAACGUGAGGACAGAAGGACUGGUGCAACCCCCUGGGCUGCCAUCUGCAUGGGGCUGGGGUUCUCCUGUGCUAUUUAUAUAAAUAAAACUAAGACAGGAAAAAAAAAAAAAAAGAA